CAGGCGGAGGGCGAAUGUGAGCAGCUGAGGCGGCAGUGUGAGCUGCUGGAGAGGGAGAACCAACAGCUGCAGCUGCUGCUCCUGCAGAGCUCAGAGCCAGCAGGCCCCAGCGCCUCAGAUGCAGUUGCAGUCACCGGAGGAGGUACAGCAGCAGGAGCACACCCCCAUGAUUCUGUGCUAUCAGCAGCAGCGGGCGGCAGGAGACACAGUGACGACGACAUACCCCGGGAUCUGCUGCGCGUGGAAAGAGCCCCCAUCUCGGGUGGCAGCAGCAGACCGGCUGACACCAUCAUCCUCUGCCCGUCCUGCCUCUCAUGGCCCUUGGGAACUCCACCCUUGGGAGUUCCGCCCUUGGGAACUCAGCCAGGAGAAUUAGCGGGUGAAGUAGGUCCAGGAACAGUGCAGGUAGAUAGCAACCAGCAAAGGAGUAGUACUCAGCAGGAUAGUUCAACCGCAGGAAGCGGACACGAUUUUGACUUGAACCUAACUCUCUAAUAUUGUUUUGUCCUGUA